GAAGGAAAUUUUGAACAAGAUGAAAAUUUCAAUGUAACUGUAACAUCCUACAAAACUUAUAAUAACAAUUAUCGUGAUUAUCGUCUGGGUUUGUCUAUAACUCAUUAUUACUGUGCACUUUGCAAGCAAACUAUACAGUGCUAUCUGGAAGUGAAUUUUGAAAGAUUAGUUCAAUUGGUAGUAUUUACAACAUCUGCAAGAUACGGAAGCUAUACCGAGUAUACAAAGACAGCACAUUUCUUUUAUAAAAGAACUUCAUAUGACCAAUGGUUAAUUGUUCGAGAUGGAGAUGGAGAUGUUAUUAAUUAUUCUCUACAAGAAGAUAAACACUAUUAUAAUCAUAAUGAAUUUCCUCCUAAUCUCUUUUGUAGAGGUGUUAGAUUCAAUCCAACAACUUAUCAUUCUUAUGCCUCACUAAUCCUUCAAUUAUAUGGAAGAUAUAUUGAGGAAUAUGAACAUUCACUUUAUACUCCAAAAUGCAAUCAUCCACUGGGACUGGAGAAUAUGAAUCGAAUACAUAGUUCUCAAAUAACUUCUCCAUCCUUUCUUAAUUCUUACCAUCCAUAUAAUGUAAGAUUAGAUUGCCCAAGCUGUUGGAUCACUAAUUCUCCAGAACCAAAUGAUUACAUAGAGAUAGAUUUAGGUUAUAUCUAUCACAUUACAGGUUUUGUUUCUCAAACCUGUAAAAAUCAGGAAAUUUAUAUCCUUGAAUUUGCUGUUGAAUAUUCAUUAUAUAGAAUUCAUGGUUGGCAAUUUUACAAAAAUAAACUGCUUGUUCGAAAUGAUUUCAAAUUGAUAACAAACACGAAAAAUCUAUUGCUUUUUAAUGAAACUCUAGAAAUGAGAUUUAUUAGAAUUUCAGGGAAAACUUGGGAAGAUAAGAGAGGAUUACGCUUGGAACUUAUUGGAUGCAUAAAACAGCAUGACACAAUAACCCAAAGUUCCAAUGAUUACCUGGAACAAAUUAUUAUUGAAGAAACCACUCUUGGCAAUGUUUUAUCAUUGGACAAGUCAACUCAUCAUAUUCUCUUAUCUAAUCCAAUUUUGACUGUUUAUUUAUCAUUGACUAUUCAAAGCACAAAUCAAUAUACUUGCUUAAAAAUUCAUAUUAAUGGUAAAAAACAUUCAGGAUACUUCCUCUUCAACACAAAAUGUAUUUCCUAUCCUUAUUCUGUACCCUUCUCAUACGAUGAAGCUGUUGAACAAUGCCAAGGUAUACCAUGGAGAGGUCAAGGACGAAUAAUUUCACCAAAAAAUGAUGAAGUUCUAAAUGUAUUUCUACAAGGAUUUUUCAAAAAAAAUACACUAAAGACACGUUUAGGAUUGAGGAAAAUUAGUGGUAAAUUCACUUGGCAAGAUGGUAGUCUUCUACCUACAGAUGAGGUGACAAAGUGGGAUGAUUCAAGCACAUCUGGCUACUGUGUUGGUUUUAAACCAACUAAUGGAUUUUGGAUAAAACUAUCUUGUAGUAGUGAUUUUCUCUUUUCAUGUGAAAAGAAUGCUGUUCUAUCACCUGAACAAAGAGUUGGUAAAUUAUGGGAAGUAAUUGAAUCAGCUAUAUUAAUAACAGCCAGUAGUAAUAGUAUUAUUUACAAAAAUGACUACAAUACAAGAUUUGAUUGUUUGAUGGCUUGUAAUGAAGAAAUAAGAUUAACCUGCAUUUCCUUUACCUUUGAUACAGCUAGCAAAGACUGUAUUCUCUAUUCUGCAAACACUUAUACUAAAAAUUCUUACCUGAGAAUGAAUGUCACUGAUGUUGAUAAGAUAUAUUUUCAAGCUUUCAAUCCUGGUAAAUGUUCAGCUAGUCUUGUUGAACAGAAAUCUUUAGGAAUAAACUGGAAUGUUUCUUCCAAUUAUGAUUUAUCAAGGGAUGCAAGUAAAUUACCUCUAUAUAUAAGAGAGGGUUCUUUUGGUUACUGGAGACCUGAUGAUGCUGAUUUAAAACCAUGGAUUCAUUUCAAUUUUGAUGCUGCUGUAACAAUAUCAUAUUUCAUUUUGCAAGGAACAGGAAAGUUGAGUGACGAAGGAUACAUAAAAUCCUUUUUCAUAGAAUCUGCUUUAGAUGGUAUCAAAUAUGAAAAUGUCUCAUGGGACUACAAUGGUGAGAAUGUUUUUGAUGGACCAUUAGAUCAUAUCAGUACAAGAUUUUAUAGAUUUCAAUCUUCAUUCAAGACAAAAUCUAUCAAAUUUAACCUUUUGGAGAAGAGUUUAUAUUUUGCUAUGAAUAUUGAAUUGUAUGGUUGCACUGACUAUAUUCCAGACUGUUUUUCCCUAACAUCUUCAGAUUUUGAAGUUAGAGGAGCUGAUAAAAUGGCAAAAUUAAAAUGUUUUGAAGAUUGGACUGUCCUUGGUCAAAAGUUAAUGUCAAAUGAUUCUUGGGAAAAAAGUUGGUUUGAUUACAAAAAUGGAUUCGAAAGUAGUAACCAAUUCUGGGCUGGUAAUCAACUAGCAACCUACUUGACAACUUUCAGAGAGUACAACUGUAGAAUUGACCUUUGGACAAAAGAUGGAAAACACAGACACAGCGAAUUUAAAACAAUUCUUUUUCAAUCAGAAAUCGAAUUCUAUACUAGAAGUGUAUUGAAAUUUUUGAGUGGUAGCUCACCAUCCAGUAAAUUUUUAGAACCUGCAAAAUUUUUUGCAAUUGAUAGUGAUAAUGAAAGAUCUUGUGCACAAAAUACCCAAACUGGUUGGUGGUUUUUAAAUGACAGUUGUUUAUCAACAAAUUUAUUAGCUUCCAAUUCAAUUUGGCCAAUUGAUCAAACGGAUUUGUUCAAUGCUUACAAUUUUAAAGUGGAAAAAUUUCUUUUUAAAAUAAAAUCAAAUAAUUCUUAUAAUAUUGCUAUUGGCAAACAUGCUUUUCAAAAGAAAACUGAGGGCGAAAAUGUAGCUAAUUUGGCAAUUGAUGGCAUCAUUUUAUCUGAUGCUACUCAAGGAUAUUGUGCAGUUGGAGAACAUACAACUGAUCCUUGGUGGGUAGUCAAUUUAUUCAAAUCUUUCAGAGUAUUGGGAAUAGCAGUAACAAACAGGAAAGAUUGCUGUUCUUCAGAACUCUCAAACUUUAGAAUUGGAUUGGCAAACAGUUUUUCUGUUACAAACUUUGAUUCUUCCUUAUUUCAACUAUGUAAACAUUACACUGGAACAAUUGGAUCUGGCAUUACAGAAGAGAUAGUAUGUGAUAAUGGGCCAAUCAUAGGAUCUUACCUUGGCAUUUGGAUGAUUGGAGCAAAUCUUAGAUUAAGCUUAUGUGAAGUUGAAAUUAAUAGUGAAUUAAAAUAUGGUUCAAAUAGGAUUUAUGGAGAAUCUUGUGAAUCAGAUUCAAAUUGUGUUGAACCCUAUACAUCUUGCCUUCCACAGAAUGAACCACAGAAUCUCAAUGUCUUAUUAUAUUCUUGUCAGUGUAGUGUCUACACAAUUCGUAAAGACAACAUAUGCUAUAAAGCUACAGAUAUUUCAUUGAAGCUGAUUGAUAUAGAUACGAAAUUUAUCAGAGAAGAGGAAAGCAAUAUUCCAUUAAGAAUUACAUUGCAGAAUUUAGCUGGAUGGCCAAUUGCUGAAACUACUUUACCAAAUACAAACUUUGACUUUACAGCAUCACUUUCGGAUUCAGAUAGCAUUGCCAGUGCAAAAUUUAUAAAAAAUAUAUCCUUAGCUUCAAAAUCAGGCCUUGAAAAGCAACUACUCAGUAGAGAUAUAACAAAUUCUUCUAAACGGGGUGAAACAGUUUUGAGUCUGACAGUUACAAUGAAAUUCCCAAUUCAUCAAUGUUUUAAUGAGAGUUUUUUCUGUGGAAAUAUUUUACAAUCUUCAACUAGUGAUUAUUUAGAAUAUGACAAAUCAAAUAAUGAAAAAUGUGUAUCAAUGUCAUCGCUAGUAAAUUGUCAACCUGAUAUAGAUUUAUCAAUAUCCAAGAUAACACUUAGUUCCGAAGAAUUUAUCUAUAGAAGUAUCAGUCAAAAUCAUACUUUUAUUAUUACUAUACUAAACAAACAUUCCAAUUCUCAUGAUGUUAUACAAUUAUUUGAUACUUUCUAUAAUUAUGACAUUGAAAGUCUGAUUUCAAACAAAACUCAUCAAAUCAACAGUAAAAAUCAAAAUUGGCAAAAGUCUAAAUUGGAUUUAAAAGAAAAGCAGAAAGGGAUUAAAGUUGGUAAUACUUUGGAUUUGUCAAUGAAAAUUUUAACACAUCUUUCAAGAUUUGAAUGUGAAGAUGAUUUAUUUGUUUGUUUUCGAAUUGUUCCAUCAAAUUUUUCAUCAUUUAAAGAGAUUAAUAGAACAGAUGAUAUUUUAUGUUUAGAUAUGGAUAAAUACAAGAAUUGUACACCAGCUAUCAGAAUCAAGGCAAACAUUACUAUUCCAAGACAAACUGUAAUAAGAGGUUAUAAUCAGUAUUUACAAACAUUUUUGCAAUGGACAAACAUUGAUGAGAAGUUCAGCAUUGAUUCAGUUCCAAUGAACAGAUACAACUUUAAUUUCACUGUAUUUUUCACCAAUGUCAAUUUGCAAAGUAAUCAUUCAAAACCACACUUCUAUAGAUUUUUGAAUUCAUCUAGUAUUCAGUCAAAUCUAUCUAUAAAUCAGGAGUUGAUGUGGAAAUUUAUGCAUAGGAUAUAUAUUCCAAGAACUCAAUGCUCAGAGUAUAAAUUUCUCUGUUUCAAGGUCAGUCCUGGUGAGGGAUCAUCAUAUUCUCUAUUUCCUGAUGGAAAUAGCACAUCUUGUACAGAUAUGGAAACUGUUAUAAACUGCAUUGGUCUGAAAAUAAAUGGUCUUCACUUUGAAAUUUCAAACAACAAUCUGACUGAAGGCAGUUCCAGUCAAUUUUCAGUAGUAUGGAGUCAGGGAACAGAUGUAAAUUAUAGAAUAAACUUUACUGAAAUGAAUUCAGUAUCAUGGAAUUGGCUUAAUGCCAGUCAUACAGAAUCAUUUGGACCAAUUAGUAAACAUUACUUGGACUUUUUGUACAAUAGCUAUGGCACAUACAAUGUUACUUUAACAGCAUGGAAUGAGGUGGCAAGUCAAAUACUUUGGCUAGUUAAAGUUGUUGAACCAAUACUUGGAAAUCAUGUUAGCUUUAAGAGUGACUAUGUUCCAAAUGAACCACCUUUGCAGGUCUUAUGGAAGAUUGAAUAUCAAUAUCAAACUAAUGUGAUGACAAAAGAUAUAUCAAUGACUUGCUUUAUUGACACUGGUCACAAUGAAACUUUGACCAAAACUGUCAUUCUCAACUAUGCAAAUCUAUUGGUCAUUGAUUAUAUUUAUUCAAAGGAUGAAUUAAAAGCAGAAGCAACAAUUACUUGUAAUAAUUCUAUAUCAAAUGUUAAAAGUAAUCAAGUAUUUUUACUUCAGCAAAAUGUAACAGAUUUAAAAGUGAAAUUCAAUCAUAUUCAUUGGCCAUCAUUCAAAAAUUUAUCACUUGAAAUAACCAUGAAAAAUGGAAGUGAUGUUGAAUAUGAAAUUUUGUUUGGUGAUGAUUCAAAAGAGAUUUUCAAGAAUCCUGAACUUUUUGCAAAUGGAAAAGCAUUUUAUGCAAUUCAUUCCUAUUCUCUUCCAGGUGAAUAUCAAGCAUUUGUUAGAGCAAGAAAUGAAUUUUUCAAUGACAUGGCCUUGACACUUCAACCUAUCAUCAUUCAGAAUGAAGUGAAAAAAAUUAAUUUAACAAUUUCCUAUGAAAAACCUAGAAAAGUGAACUUAACUAUUAAAGAGAUAGACAAUGAAUUGAAUCCAACAAAUGUAUCAUGUUUAUUUCAACCUGAUGAUAAUCAACACAUAAUAUUUCAUAAUGUUGAUAUCAGAAAUGGUACAACUCUUAUUCAUGAAUAUUCAGAAGUGUUCAAUGAAAGGGAGAAGAGAAAUUUAACAGUAAAAGCCUUCUGCUUUAAUCAAGUUUCCAAUGCAUCAUUUACCCAAAAUUUCAUUUUGGAAGAACUAAUUUCACAAUUGAAUGUUUCAAUCAAUAAUUUGUUUUUAUCUACUUUUGAACUGUUCACAAUAAACAUCACAACUCUUACUGGCACAAAUAUGAACUUGACAUUUGAUUUAGGAGAAAAUGAAAUUUACAAUUUCCAAGUAAAAGGUCCUGGUAUGAAUUCAAUUCCAUUCAAUUUCACCUACAAGAAUCCAGGAGUAUUUUGGUUAAAGAUAAAGGUGCUUAAUUCUGUCAAUACCCUUACUAGUCAACACCUAUUAACAGUUCAAAAUAGAAUUGUUAAUGCAACUUUCUUCUUAAUUUAUAUAGAACCCAGAACAAUACUGACUAGUGUCAGGCAAUAUUUUCCAUUAAUUCUACCUACAAAUGUUACCUGUUCAAUUGAUAUUAGCUGGAAAGCUACAAUUGUUCAUGAACAUCAGAAUUUAUUAUUAGGAAGUUUGGGAAAUUUUUUACUGGAUGAGAUUUAUAACCAAAGAAAAUUCAAACAUUUCAAUUUUACUACAAAGUGUUUUAAUUUAAUUUCGAGUGUUGAUUUUUUUCAAAAUGUUACAUUUAGAGAAAAAAUCACUGAUUUGAACUUUUAUAUUGAUAAAGCUGUUGUAAAAGUUAAUGAAACUGUUAAUUUUACAAUUACAACUGCAACUGGUGACAAUAUUACGCUGGAACUGGACUAUGGAGAUGGAAAUUCUUUUAGUAGAUGGAUGACACCGGAUCGUAUAAUAAAAAGCUUAACAUAUGAAUAUAAAAUAGCUGGAAAUUAUAGUGCAAAUGCUAUUAUGAAGAACAGUGUCAAUCAGUUAUCUUUCACCAUAACUCCAAAGAUAAUUGUUCAAGUACCAAUCUUUGAAUAUACAAUUAAGGCACAGUACAUUGGAAGUUUAGAUGAACAGCCACUAAACUUUUCAAUUAGUGUUAACAAAGAUUUACUUGCUCCUACAGAUGUUUUCUGUUUCUUUCAACCAAAGUUGAAUGAAGUGAAUAGUAAAUUUUUCUAUCAACCAGAAUUGACAAGUUUAAAAUCAUUGACUUUUAGUCAUUAUUAUUUAAAAGAUGAUAUUGGAAGAAAUAUUUCAGUAAAUAUAACAUGUAAAAAUCUUGUUAGUGAAUUUGAAAAAAUUUUUAAUGUAACAAUUUUUGAGAAAAUAAGAAUUUUACAGUUGAAACUUAACAAAUUGGCUUAUAUGAGAAUGGAAAGUGUACCUUUAGAGAUAACAGUUCGAAAUGGUUCGUCUGUUAUCUAUACAAUCUAUCAACAGACAUUGUCUAUUAUAAGGGAGAGACACCCAAAUUUAUUUGCUACUGAUCAAUCAUUAAUCAGUUCUUUGGAAUUUUCAAAUAUUGGAAAUUAUUCUGUAACAGUUGUUGCAGAAAAUGAAGUAAGCAAAGAAAAUGAAACAAUUACAGUGAUCAUUCAGAACAAGAUUGAAAAUAUUUCUCUUGAAGCAAACAAAUCAAUAUUAUGGACACCAGGAGUUAUUUCAUAUAGGCUUUAUUCUGAAUCUACUCAAGACAUUCUUAAAGAUGUUCACUGCUCUUUUAAUUUUGGUAAUGGUAUGUCUUCAGAGAAAUUUAUACCAGUUUGGCUACCAUUUACAUCAUUUGCAUAUGAUUUUUACUUUCCAAGAACUGCUAUUGGCAAUUUAACAACCAAUCUGGUUUGUAGCAAUUUACUAUCAAACAAACAGCUGAAUACAACAACAGAAAUUAUUUUGGAUGCUGUAAUACUAGAAGAUAUAAGGGAUAAUGGAACUGUCCUAUUGACUAAUCAAACAACUAUUAUAACUGAAAUUAAAAGAAUGGGUACAAAUUCCUGUUUUAUCUUUGAUCUUGGUGAUAAAAAUUCAACAAAAUUAGCAUUUGGAGUUAAUGAUAUUUGCAGAGAUUAUGCAUCUGAUAGACUGAUAACUUUUACCAAAAUUCCAUAUCAACAAAAUAUCAUAAUUUUCAAUCAUAUUUAUGAAGAGAUAGCUUACUACAAUGUCAAAGUUCAUGCUUUCAAUCAUAUUACAAAUGAUGAGAAGACUGUUAGAACACGUGUUCUUGAUUGGUAUUGCUAUAGUCCAAAUGCAUCUGUACCAACUGAAUACACUUUUCCAGAUAAACCACAAAGGUUGAUGAAAAGUAUACAAUUUGAAAUACCAGUAAACAUCAGUUGGGAUUGCAUGAAAACUGAUAAAGUAAUAUACCAAUGGAAAGUCUUUCAGUUACCAACAAAUUCUCUGACAUUUCAAUCAACUAAUAAAACUUUGCAAAUAAAAGAAAGACAACUUGAAUAUGGCAGUUAUAGAGUGGAAUUUUUCAUAUAUAUGCUCAACAAUCUGGAUGCAAAUAAUGCAUAUGAAUACUUUUUUGAAAUUAUACCAACUCCACUACAUGCAGAAAUUCUAAAUGGAAAUUGGACUAAUGUCGAAUAUGAUAUCAACCACACUGUCAAUGCCCAAAUACUCAGCUAUGAUCCUGAUAAUGAUAUUGAUGAUAAAUUGAAAGGUAUUACUUUUCAAUGGCAUUGUAGAAGAGAAGAUGAACAAUUAUCUUCAUCCUCAAACAUUGUGAAGAAAGGAACAAAUUUACAAGAUGUUCCACCAACUCUAAAAGAAUUCAAAGACAAUGGUGGAUGUUUUGGAAAUGGUCCAGGUUAUAUUGAUAAUGAAUCUAAAGGCAUAUUAACUGUCAAUACUUAUUACAUGAUACCAAAUACAACAUAUGUUUUAACUGUAAAAGUUCUAUCAGACAUUGGAAAUAGAGAAUCAACUUUUGAGCAGGUUCUUUAUUUGAAAUUGACCUCCAAACCACUACUAAAAUUAAAAUGUGAAAAGAAUUGUUUAGACAAAGCUGGACUUUCAUCAUCAACAAUUUAUCAAGUGGUAUGUUUGUCAAAGUGUUCUAGUUUGUACUGGAAAAUUGUCUAUAAUUGGAAAGUGUUUGUCAAUUUGAACGAAACAUGGACUAUUGUUAAUGAUUUACAUGAUAGAGUUAUUGGAAAUUUAUCCUGGAGUAUGAUUGAAAUCAAGGAACAAUCACUUAUUCCUGGAACUUAUCAUAAUUUAGUUGCUGAGGGUAGAAUGGAAGAAAUUGGUGGUGAAACAGGCUUUUCAAAUAUGACUUUCCUUGUAAAUAAACUACCAUCAGGUGGAAAGUGUUAUUGUAAACCUAAUGCUGGUUUUGCAUCAAUUACCAAUUUUGAGAUAAAUUGUCCAGGUUGGAAAGAAUUUGAAAAGGCUAUUGAUUCACCAGGUUUAAAUUAUCGAUAUAGAGCUAGGCCUAAAGGAGCAAAGACAAGUCUUCUUUUGUAUUUUUCAUUCCAGGAAGAGCCUGUCUAUGUUAUGUUACCUGUUGGCGAUCCAAGAAACCAGAUAACUGAAGCACUAGUCACUAUAAUUGAUUCUGUUGGUGAUUCUUUUGAUUUUAUGUUUGAAGUUCAGGUUCAACCACCCCCAGAACCUGAGGAAAAGUUGCUAGAUCUGGUUAUAGAUGUUGUUUCGGGUGGGCUUUUAAAUCAACAAUUAAAGAAUGGUAACUACACUCAAGUGUCAUCUACUAUUUAUUCAGUUGCAUCAAUACUCAAUGCAAAUCUUAAUAAAUCAUUAGAGAAGACAAAUAAUGAAACAGAAAAUGAAAUAGCUCAAAAUGCAUGUGAAAAGAGAAUAAAGAGAAUAAAGGCAAGAAAACAAAUGAUUGAUUAUUCUGUAAAUGUUCCUUUUAAAUCAGUUGAUGAAAUGGAACAAAAUAAUGAAUUGAUUAAUUCUCUAGUAUACAAACCAAAAGAAGUAGACAUUGGAUCACAGAUGAUUGUCACUGAUCAAAUAGGCAAGCUAAACAAUGUCUUAAAUACAGAACAAGUCCCACCAAAACUGAAGAAACAAAUAUCAAUAAGCCUUCUAGAAACCUGUAUACUUACAACUACAGCUGCUGACGCCUAUAAAGAAGAUGCAGAAAAAGAGGAACAAUACAAACUUGAAAAAAAUAAUACAAAGUUUUUUUGUGACAUCAUUUCCAAAACUAGAAAUCUAACAACAAUACUCAAUACCACAAAUAAUAGCAGGCAAUCUUUGAAUACAACUAGUGGAAAAUUGGAAAAUGUUAUGACAAAAGUUAUUGGAGUUAUCAACAAUGUUACUGAUGAAUUGCUAUUUGAACAAAAAGAGGAUGAACCAGCAUUGAACAUUGAAUUUGAACAGAUGAGUAUCAAUAUUGAGAAAGCAUCUAUUAAUAGAGUGAAGGAAAGCAGUUACAAUUCAACUUUGGUUAGUAGAAUUGAACUCUUUUGA